AUGCACGACGGCAAAGUUAGCCGCAGUUCCCCGACGAUCAUUUUAUUGUUUGCCACUCGACGACGCACUACGGCAAAGUUAGCCCCAGUUUCUCGACGAGUACUUUGUCUCAGUGAGACAUCGACGCCCCACGACAAUGUAGUUACCCGAGGUUUGUCGACCGUCGGAUCACUCUUACCAACGACCCGUACAAACCUCGGAGAAGUUCAAAAUUGUAUGCAGCCGGAGAAAAGAGUUACCAGAAGUAUGAGCAGACCAGGAGAGACGGUAGAGGAGACGGAGAGGAGGAUGUUGGAGGAAUUAAGACAAAGCUUGGGGCCAUUGCCUGGAGCAAUUGAUACCCCCGAAGGAUCAACCCAAGGAGAUGAGUUCUAUCCUCCCCUACCCCUUGAACCACCUCCUCAGCCGGCCGGGCUGUCAGAACCACCAACCUUGAGGACGGGUUCCGAAGGUUCGGGACAGACUCCACGACCAAGGGAGUGGGACGCAGAAGGUAGACUUAGUUCGGCGUGA